CCACGCCGGACCGGACCGGACCAAACCCACCCGAUGCGUAGCGUAACGGCCCGGCCAAACUGACCAGGUUCGCGCGCGCCUCCCCGUCGCUGGCGAUGGCGCCGGCGCUGCUCACCGGCGAGCGGCUCGUGGUCUUCCUCUUCGCCGCACGCGUCGCGCUCGCGGCCCCCGCCCACCUCGCCGCCCCGCUUGCGCUCCUCGCCGCUGCCGCCCUCGCGGUCGAGCUUGCCGUGGAUGGCUCCGCUCCCGCCUCCGCCCCCCGCCUCCGCCCCUUCAAGACCAGGCCAGGUGCUUCGUCUGGCAUACUACUUGGUGCCACCACUCUUCCUAGCGUCAUGCUUUCUCGGUUAAUCCAACUGUCGAGGGUCUUGCCGGCAGAUUCUAAUGGGCCUGAAGAAAUCACGUACCUCGAAAUGCAAUACUGGGCAGCAUCAAUUAGCUGCCUCAGUGUGCUAGCUUUCUUCCUUUGGCAUCUACGGCAGUCUCCCAGCAAUGGAAUCUCUAAAUAUCUGAAAUAUGGCUCAUUGUUGAUAGUUUCAUAUCUCACGGCAUACUUCUUGUCCUUUCUACUGAAGACUGAUGGAGGUCUGAUGGCAAUGAGCAAUAUAGUGUAUUUGCUUUGCCAUGGAGUGGCUGCUGUGAUCUUAAUCAAGCAUAUUCUAGAGAAGUUUCCUUCAUGUUCAUCUUUUGGGGAGGCAGUUCUGGUGUCAAGUGGACUUGUUCUUUACUUUGGUGAUAUGUUGGCUCAUACUCUUUCAAAGAUGAAGUUCUCUGUGAUAUCAGAAGCAUUCAUUCACAUGCCUGGAACUAGAAGCGAUAUGACCACAAUUAUUCAGGGGAUUUUGCUUGGCCUUUUUCUGCUUCCCUUGCUAUACAAAAGUUCUCUUCAAGUUUGGGAUUACUGUAGAACGCAGGGGAAGCACCAAACACAAGCAGUUGAGGAACAUACACAAAAAGGAAUUGGUUCUGCUAUAUUCUAUAUCUCGGUGGUGGUGGUGUUACUGUUUUUAGUGCCAUCAUGGACACGCCUUGUUCAAGGUCUCGAAGUGCAUCCUUUUGUUUGGAUUUUUAACUAUAUGUUCACUGAUUCACAUGAACGACUUGCUUUAUGUGCAUACUGGAUAUGUGUGAUAUAUGCAUCAGUUAGAAGGUUCUACAGUAUAUCAAAGCAAAGCAAAACAGAGAGGAUUCUUCUGCGCAAGUAUUAUCAUCUUGUUGCUGUUCUGAUUUUCUCUCCUGCUGUUAUAUUUCAGCCUGCUUUCUUGGACUUGGCAUUUGGUGCAGCAUUUGGAGUUUUCUUAAUAUUGGAGAUGAUCCGGAUUUGGGAAAUAUACCCUCUUGGGUGUGUUGUGCAUCAGUUUAUGAACGCCUUUACUGAUCAUCGUGAUUCUGAGAUUCUUAUUGUUAGCCAUUUUUCACUCCUACUGGGCUGUGCACUUCCUAAAUGGAUGUCAUCUGGAUUAAAUGACCGACCGCUUGCCCCUUUUGCUGGAAUUCUCAGCUUGGGGAUAGGUGAUACCAUGGCAUCGAUGAUAGGGUACAAGUAUGGCGUAUUAAGAUGGAGCAAGACAGGAAAGAAAACAAUCGAAGGCACUGCAGCAGGCAUAACUUCUGUGCUAGCAGCCUGCUCGAUUCUGGUGUCACUCUUAGCUUCCAGUGGGUACAUUCUUUCUCAGAAUUGGUUAUCGCUUUUGAUAGCUGUAACAUUGAGUGGAUUAUUGGAGGCGUAUACAGCACAGCUCGACAAUGCUUUCAUACCUCUCGUAUUCUAUAGCCUUCUAUGUCUAUAGGAGUAACCUUUUGUACAUCAUCAAACUGACCUUUAGGUCCUCUUUUUAUUUACUUAUAUAUACUAGUAUAUAGUGCAAUAUGUAGUCACCUGUCUCCUUGUUGCUUCUACUGCCUGCUUCAACUGGUUUGGCAACUUGUCACAUUCUCUGUAAUCAUGUAUUCAGAAGUCGUUUUCAUGGUAAAAACAGUCAGUAUAGGUUUAGGAACAGGAGUAGGAAAACAUAAAUGUUCUUCAGUCCUUCGGUAGAGGGUAUUUUUGGUAUCGACCGUACAUGUAAGUCUUAUCUGAAUGUAUCGUUGGAAGAUACAAGCUGUUCCUCCAAACUAUUUCUGGGCAUGGUGUUUCUGCUACCUGGGUGGGUCACCCACGAGCAAGAAUGGAAAGGUUAGAGUGAGCCGCACUACGAGGAGCCAAGGAUGGAGAUUUUGGUAGCCGGAGUCAUAAAUAAUGUGUUUACGUAUGUAAGCAUCUUCAUAAUGAUGUGGAUUUGUGGAAGCUGAUUUCAGUGUGUUCCCAUCAGGGCUUUUGGCCUUCUUUUAUUUUGCGGAUAUGCCUUUAGGUCGUCGUGGAUGCUUCUGAUCAUCA